CGAAACAGUCUGCAAAGGAUUCUAGGCGCCAGCGGUUCUCCAAAGAUAAAAUACCGUCAAGUAGUAUUCAACGGCAAUCGUCGCGUGCGUUUUAACCAAAUAUACUUCAAAUCGAACAUUACCUGGAAAAACGGUCGAGAAAAGUGAAUUUUAGUUUUUGGAAAAGAAGAAAUUCCAAAAGCAAGCAGCAGUUUUAAAAAAGAUAAUUGCUCAGCAGCAUCUAGUUUCUCAGCGAGGAUAAAUAAACCCGAGAAAAAAAAAACAAACAUAAGAAAUGGACUCUGCCGCCGCCGCCGCCGCCGCCAAGCGCGUCCAAAUCGAGAAGGCCCACAACUUUAUGCGCCAGUAUCGCGAUCCCGAGUCCAGGGAACUCAAGAAGCUGUCGGCCAACCAGUUCAUGGAUGUCUGGGCGCACUACGAUAAAGAUGGAAAUGGCUACAUUGAGGGCACCGAGCUAGACGGAUUCCUGCGGGAGUUCGUGUCGAGUGCCAAUGCCACAGACAUUAGUCCGGAGGCUGUAACGGACACCAUGCUCGAGGAGCUGAAGUCCUGCUUCAUGGAGGCCUACGAUGACAAUCAGGAUGGUAAAAUCGAUAUUAGAGAGCUGGCUCAACUUUUGCCCAUGGAGGAGAAUUUCCUUUUGCUCUUCCGCUUCGAUAAUCCUCUGGAAUCUAGCGUUGAAUUCAUGAAGAUCUGGCGUGAAUACGAUACCGACAAUUCGGGUUACAUUGAAGCGGAUGAGCUGAAGAAUUUCUUGCGCGAUUUGCUCAAAGAGGCCAAAAAGAUCAACGAUGUGUCCGAGGACAAGCUCAUUGAGUACACCGAUACCAUGCUCCAAGUAUUCGAUGCCAACAAGGACGGACGUCUGCAGCUGUCGGAAAUGGCCAAAUUGCUUCCGGUUAAAGAGAACUUCCUGUGCCGCCAAGUGUUUAAGGAGGGCAUUGACGGGGCCACAAAGUUGACCAAAGAGGACAUUGAAAAAGUAUUCUCACUCUACGAUCGUGACAAUAGCGGCACCAUUGAAAAUGAGGAGCUCAAAGGCUUCUUGAAGGACCUUUUGGAGCUGGUCAAGAAGGACGACUACGAUGCCCAGGAUCUGGCCGCAUUCGAGGAGACCAUCAUGCGGGGAGUUGGCACCGACAAGCAUGGAAAGAUCUCCCGGAAAGAACUGACCAUGAUCCUGCUGACACUGGCCAAAAUAUCGCCCGACGACGAGGAGUAAGCCGGAUGUUCGAGAACAUACCAAAAAGAGAUUUUAGCCAACUCUAUUUUUGUCACCCGAACGCGGGAAAUCCAGAAAUGAGGCUCCGAAAUGGGCUUCGAGGCAAUUGUUUACUUUAGAGCUGCAUUAAAAGGGGCAGCAAAUAAAACCAAAAAAAAAACAGAAGGGAUAUUGGAAUCGGGGGAGAAUCCUGAGAGAUCCAAACCGAAACGAAGCUAUUGGUAUAAAAUAAAUCUAAUAUAAAUGUUUCAAUCUUAAAUAAAUGUUUAUCGUAUGUUAAGAUAUUGAGAGUAUAUAGUAUAUUUCCCCCAAAAUCAAACCAAAACGGAAAUUUAUCCAGUCAAACAAUUUGCAACACAGAAUCGAGCCACUUAAAGUAAACAAUUAAGAAAUGAUAACAACAAGAUCAGUACAUCGAUUUUAUAUUAUACUAUAUAUGUAUUUAUAUUUUCUAUGUGUAUUUGCAUAACGUACUUUAUUUAAUUACCAAUUAAAAUCGGAAUAAAAGUAGCUAUGAUUAAGGAUACCAUAUUUAUUUGAGACUACCUAAGUAAAAACAUAUUUGUGGCUACAAUCUGUAGAUAAUUGUUGUUAAUCAUUGUGACAGUACACCCCAAAAGUGGGUGGCUGCAUUCCGCGCCCAACUCCCCGCACUUCUGCUAUGAAUAUCCCCCGCAAGCAUCAAUCAAUCAAUCAAGAGCCACUUACAUUAGCCCGAGGGUGGACGCCACUAAUGCAGGUGAAUGCAAAUGCAAAUGCAAAUGCAUCCGCCACCUGAACGUGACAAUGUCAAGCUGGAGGGUGGUGACGUAUCCAGUUAAAUUUGGACACGCACUCGUCCUUGUAUUUUCCACCUGAGGGGAGAUUACGAGGAGCAGAUUGACGCCGUUUGAGGCUACCAUUUUCACACAAUUCCGCAACUUAGGCAAAUCGGUUAUUUAACCUCUAAACAAAAACGUUCUAUCCAACGUUCUUUCAAGGUGCUAUAGCUAUAUAUUGUAUGAUUUAUUUCGAUACAUAUUCCCUUCCCCAUAUUCUUUUGAAACCUAACUAACUAAAUAACUAACAACUAAUAACUUAAGCUUUAAAACCAAGACAAGUUGUUCCAAUCCUGAAACGCUCUUUGCCCAAGGAUUCACUUUUAGAGCCAUAAUUAUGAAAUAGAUCAAUUCCAUCGCCUUUGAAAAUGAAACCCUGAGUAAAGACGCCAUGCAACAAAAUGCCAACUUAUCAUAUAAAUAUACUAAUUACGAUAAAACUCUAUAUGAUAACAUACUUAUGCUAAUCCUAAGAUAUUGUUCAAAACCACAUGCAUGUAAAGCUUCGAAACGGACUUUCUUCUAUAUGAAACAAGAUACCAAAUAUCGAAUAUCUAAAUGGAUAUAUGUCUAACACUAUGGAAAUACAGCAGAAAUGUUUUAAUAAAAUAAAUACAAUACAAUCUAUGCAGA